ACAGCAACCAGACCUGGGGCUAGAGACCCUGGAACAGGGGCAGGUCUGGGAAUAGGCUACACCACCCUGCCCUGGUCUUGAGAUUGGCACCAGCUUCCCACCGGUACCCGGCAAAGCCUGGAAGUCCUCGCAGUGGCCACGGACCCUACAUCUUGGACAGUACCUCCUCACUAGGGGUCAUGUUCAUCGUUCCGUUGACUAUCAUCCUACUGUCAGUAGCGCUGGCUGUGGGGCUUCCCGGCAACAGCUUUGUGGUGUGGAGCAUCCUGGUAAAGAUGCGGAAGCGCUCUGUCACUGCCUUGUUGGUGCUGAACCUGGCCUUGGCAGACUUGGCUGUAUUGCUUACCGCCCCCUUUUUCCUCUACUCUGUGGCCCAGGGUACCUGGGGUUUUGGACUGUUUGGCUGCCGCCUGUUUCACUAUACCUGCGGAGUCAGCAUGUACGCCAGCGUCCUGCUGAUCACGGCUAUGAGUCUGGACCGCUCGCUGGCAGUCGCCCUCCCCUUCGUGUCCCAGAAGUUUCGUACCAAGGCCGUUGCCUGGUGGGUGCUAGCAAGCAUCUGGGUGAUGUCCUUUCUGCUGGCCAUACCUGUCAUCAUGUACCGCAACGUGGACUUGAGACAGGACAACCAGACCGGCUGCUCCCUAACAUACUCCAGCAAGCGAGCCCAAGCAUUCCAUCUGCUCUUUGAGGCCCUCACCGGCUUCCUGCUGCCCUUCCUGGUGGUGGUGGCCAGCUACUCAGACAUCAGGCGCCGGCUGCAGGCCCGGCGCUUCCGCCGCAGCCGCCGCACUGGCCGCCUGGUGGUGCUCAUCAUCCUGGCCUUCGCCGCCUUCUGGCUGCCCUACCACCUGGUGAACCUAGUCGACGCGGGCCGGGUGCUGGCCGGCAGGGGCGCUGCGCUCUUUGGAGACCCGCUGUUCCUGGCGCGCCACGUGUUCAUAGCGCUGGCUUUCUUGAGCAGUAGCGUGAACCCCGUGCUGUACGCGUGCGCCGGCGGCGGCCUUCUGCGCUCCGCCGGCGUGGGCUUCGUCGCCAAGCUGUUGGAGGGCACCGGCUCUGAGGCAUCCAGCACCCGCCGCGGGGGCACCCUCGGCCAGACGGUGAGGGGCGCCCCCGCGCCUUCCGAGGCUGGCCCCUCCGGGAGCCUCGCCGACUCCAUCGACGCUCUCCAGUGA